AUGAGGAUAGUCAGCAUAAGGGAUCUCGACAUAGAUUCAGUUGUAAAGUUCUUUGAUGACGUGGUGGUUGUCCCCACAGAAACUGUGUAUGGACUGGCAGCAAGCAUCCAUAAUCCUCGUGCAGUGGAAAAGAUAUUUGAGCUCAAGAGAAGGCCUGCAGACAACCCGCUUAUUGUCCAUGUCUCUUCGGAGAAGAUGCUUGAAGACGUUAUUGAGGGUCCUAUUCCUGUGGAGUACAAGAAGCUGAUGGACAAGUUCUGGCCAGGGCCCCUGAGUCUUCUGUUCAAGUCGAAGGACAAUGUGAAUCCCGUUGUUAGGGGAGGGCUUGACACCAUUGCCGUUAGAAUGCCCAGGAACGAACAGCUACUAAAAAUAAUCGAAAAGCUUGGAGCACCAGUAGCAGCACCUUCUGCCAAUGUAAGUGGAAGGCCAAGUCCCACAACUGUCGAGCAUGUGGUUGAGGAUUUUGGAGAUAGAGUGGGGAUGAUAAUUGAUGGAGGGCCCUGUCCUGUUGGGGUAGAAUCUACUGUUGUGUGGUAUUCAGACGGUGCCAUCCAGGUGUUAAGGCCGGGGGGAGUGGGGAUUGAGGACAUAAGGAGUGCUGUUAGCUGCGAGGUGGUCAUGAAAAACAAGGCUGUGAGCGGCGAAGCAGUGUUGUCUCCAGGACAGAAGUACAAGCAUUACUCUCCGAGAUCGCCUCUGGUCCUAUUCAAAGGAAAGCCAAGAGAGGUGGAAAGUAGAAUUCUCAGGUACAUCGAAGCAAAUCCUGGCGUCGCUAGAAUAGGAGUUGGGCUGCAUUCUGGAAUGAACAUUGAGGUUCCUCUUGGCAGAAAGGUUGAUGUCUUCAACAUGGGAAAUGACAAGAGAGAGGUAUGCAGAAACCUUUUUGAGGGGCUUAGAAGGCUUGACAAGACCAGCGAUGUGAUUUUGAUUGCUGGUGUGGAUUUCGGCGGGGAGGGAUAUGCGAUUAUGGAUAGGCUGGAAAGAGCUGCAGAUGACAUUAUUAUGCUAUAG